UUACAUGUUAUGGUUGUGAGGAUCAGCAGCAGCAGCAGCAGCAGCGUUCCUUCUCAACUAUCAUCCACGCUGUGCGCGGGGAAGUGUUCCCCCGGAGGCCAGCCAAAAUGUUGAUGCCUAAAGCUAACAGAGUGGCCAUCUAUGAGCACCUCUUUAAGGAAGGGGUGAUGGUAGCAGAGCGUGACCUCUUCAUGCCCAAGCAUCCAGAGCUUGAGAAGAUUCCUAACCUUCAUGUUAUCAAGGCCCUUCAGAGUUUGAAAUCUCGAGGCUAUGUAGAGCAGAACUUUGCUUGGCGCCAUUACUACUGGAGGCUGACAAAUGAAGGGAUACAGUACCUUCGUGACUAUCUUCACCUUCCUGCUGAAAUUGUACCAGCAACGUUGAAGAAGCCCACUCGUCCUGAAGGACGCCCAAGACCUAUGCAGUCUCGUUCUGAAGGGCCUCGUGGUGAAGGCUCCCGAGAUGCUUAUAGAAGAGCUCCUUCAGGGGUGGAUAAGACUGGUGAUGCAGGUCCAGGUUCAUCUCAGAUGGAGUUCCGUGGUGGAUUUGGUCGUGGUUCAAAGAGGACUCAGUGAAGUAUUAAUAAACAAGAAAAAUUAUAAUAA